AGGCUGUUGCGGACACUUGGAAAGACUUCCUCCUCUCCUUUGGAGCAAUGCAAGCUGAAAAGGCCUCGCUCUGGUACCGGCGGAUGUCCUUUGUCUACGCACUCGGUGCCUGGUCGGUGCUGGGUUCAGCGUUUUUUCUUUCACGGAAAAAGAAAGCAUCAGACUGUGAAGAUCAAGAGGAUGGCACAAGAAAUGAAACACCUCUUUCUACAAGUGAAGACUCUGAUUUAGCAAUGGAAAGGGUCGAGCAUAGAGAAGGGUUUUACGUGAAAUCAUUUUUAAAGUAUUCAGAAAAUUCUGUUCCAGUCACUCAAAGGAUCUUGACCUAUCUGAAGUCAUGGACUGAUGGGCCUGGCCCGCAAGUGUGAACAGCUUGCUGAAUUCUGCAAACAAGGACUUGGCUCAGUAUUUGAUAGAUGUCUUGAUUUCCAUUUCAUGUAUUUAAUGUAAUGUUAUAAAAUAUAAGCAUUAAUAAUGUG